CUCAAAACCACGCCCCCCGCAUUCGAGGUCCACCGCUUCAUACAUUGUUGAUAGCCACGUAGCCUUUACGGGCAAUUUUAAUGUUGACGUUUCUAUUAGAGUUUCCUUUACGUCUUUUUACUGACGGGUAAAUGUAAGAAUCGCGGUUUAUUGGUCGGGUGUGUGCAGCUGCUGCUGGUCGCAGCCCUGCGAGUCCCCAUCGUCAAAACAUGUGUUUACAAUGAAGAGGUGCGUGGAUGACCAGGAACCAGUGUUUGCAUCACAGCCGCAGCCAUCACGCCGUCUCCCAGUUCCAAGUGUUGCAGAGAGCUUCCAGCAUCGGGUUUUCUCCCCGACACCUCCUGUCAUCGAAGCAGUACCAGACAACAUGCAACCAUCUGCAGGCAUCCAGUAUUCCAUCUCCCAGGGCUACCAGGUAUCUACGGUGCCUCAAAGCACAAGUGGACUUGGACAUGGAAAUAGUGUUACACCUCAUGUUGGUCCCCCCACACAUGGCCCUGCUAUUCAGUCACAGGGGCCUUCUGUGGUACAUAGCCAUGCUCAUCCACCUGCACCUUUGUCUUCAAGCCAGGGACAGCAGCAGUUUCAGCGAUUGAAGGUAGAAGAUGCCUUGUCAUACUUGGAUCAGGUGAAGCUACAGUUUGGGAAUCAGCCACAAGUUUAUAAUGAUUUCCUUGAUAUUAUGAAAGAGUUCAAGUCACAAAGCAUAGACACUCCUGGAGUUAUCAGCCGUGUCUCCCAGCUGUUUAAGGGCCAUCCAGACCUCAUCAUGGGUUUCAACACUUUCUUGCCUCCGGGUUAUAAGAUUGAGGUGCAAACAAAUGACCUUGUCAACGUGACCACACCAGGUCACAUUCACUACAUCACACCACAAGGUAUUUCUGUUCAGAGCAUCUCUGUGAGUGGAGCGUCCCAACAGCCUGCAAAUCAUCACCAACACCAGAAUGUGGCACCAACCAGCCCUCUAAUCACUAACAUGCCGCCUAUCUCCACCCAACCUGCACCAAAUAAAACCAGCAAGCUAAUGCAGUCUCCAGUCCAUACUCCCACCAGCCAGCCCAACCCAUCAAUACCAUCAUAUGCCUCACCUCGCUCACCUUUGGUUCAGUGUUACACUCCUGUGAGCAGUACACCGACCACUGGACCACCACUCCAAAACAACCAGCCUGUAGAGUUCAACCAUGCAAUAAAUUAUGUCAACAAAAUAAAGAACCGCUUCCAGGGUCAGCCAGACAUCUACAAAGCCUUCUUAGAAAUCCUGCAUACAUACCAGAAGGAACAACGAAAUGCGAAGGAGGCAGGGGUAAACUACACCCCGACACUGACUGAGCAGGAGGUCUACACUCAGGUAGCAAGGCUCUUCAAGAAUCAGGAGGACCUGCUUUCUGAGUUCGGACAGUUCCUACCUGAUGCAAACAGUUCAGUGCUGCUGCCAAAGACUCCACCAGACAAGGCAGAGUCGGUGCGGAAUGAUCAUGGGGCCACUGCGAAGAGAGCUUUGCUUAACAAACAGAGGGUGAGCCAGAAUGGAUUGCCGAUCAGGAGACCCUCUGUUGUGGGAAACACAGCGUCUGUCAAGAAGAAACCGAAAAUAAUGGGGAAGGAUCAUGGCAUAACCGAAGUGAGCAAACACAGUACCAGCACUGAAUCAAUGUUCUUUGAGAAGGUGAAGAAGGCUCUACAUAGCUCUGAAGCAUAUGACACCUUCUUACGAUGUCUGCACAUAUUUAACCAGGAUAUAAUAUCACGUACUGAGCUGGUGCAGUUAGUCAUCCCAUUCCUUGGAAAAUUCCCGGAGCUUUUUACAUGGUUUAAAAAUUUCCUGGGCUACCAAGAAUUUAGCCAGGGGGAGUCGAACCAUGCAGAAAAUGUUUUCAAGGAACGUGCAACAGAAGGCAUCGCCAUGGAGAUUGACUACACAUCCUGUAAGAGGCUGGGGUCCAGUUACAGAGCACUGCCAAAGAGCUACCAGCAACCCAAGUGCACAGGAAGGACACCGCUUUGUAGAGAGUUUUGAAUGACACUUGUGGUGUCGUUUCCAUCGUGGUCUGAGGAUUCUACAGUUGUCAGCUCCAAGAAGACUCAGUAUGAAGAGCACAUUUAUAGAUGUGAGGAUGAGCGUUUUGAGCUGGAUAUUGUUCUGGAAGCCAACCUCAGCACAAUAAGAGCCCUGGAGUCUGUACAGAGGAAGCUUUCUCGCAUGUCUGCAGAGGAACAGCUGCGCUUCAAGCUGGACAACACAGUCGGUGGCUCCUCUGAGGUCAUUCACCGUAAGGCCAUCCAGAGGAUAUAUGGAGACAAAGCCCAGGACAUCAUCGAGGGGCUCAAGAGAAAUCCAGCUGUGUCUGUCCCCAUUGUCCUCAAAAGGCUAAAAAUGAAGGAUGAGGAGUGGAGAGAAGCCCAGAGAGCCUUCAACAAAAUCUGGCGAGAACAGAAUGAAAAAUAUUACCUGAAAUCUCUGGAUCAUCAAGGCAUUAACUUCAAGCAGAAUGAUAACAAAGUGUUUCGGUCAAAGACCUUACUCAGCGAAAUUGAAACACUAUAUGAUGAGCGCCAAGGAGCGAGCAUCAGAGGAACCGCCACACUUCCACUGAGCGGUCCACACAUGACUCUGACCUACAGUGACAGCCAGAUUCUGGAGGAUGCUGCUGUCCUCAUCAUCCACCAUGUCAAAAGACAGGUGGGCAUCCAUAAAGAAGAGAAGUACAAGAUCAAACAGAUCAUCCACCACUUCAUCCCUGACAUGCUGUUUGCACGGAGACGUGAACUUUCAGAUGUGGAAGAAGAGGAGGAGGAGGCGGACCAAGACAUGGACACAGAUCAGGAUGGCCACAAGAGGCACAACGGCCUGCCAGGCAGCAACGUGUCAAAGUCCAAACUGCUCUUCAGCAACACAGCAGCUCAGCAGCUGCGCAACUCAGACGAUGUCUAUAACCUGUUCUUCGUUAACAACUAUUGGUAUAUCUUCCUUCGUCUGCACCACAUCCUCUGCUCCCGUUUACUGUACAUCUAUACCCAAACUGAGAAGCAGAUUGAGGAGGACGCACAUGAGCAAGAGUGGGAAAGGGAGGUUUUGGGGCUCAAGAGGGAGAAGAAUGAAAAUCCAGCAAUACAACUGAAGAUGAAGGAGCCUACGGAAGUUGAACUAGAGGACUAUUACUCUGUCUUUUUGGAAAUGGUGCGUAAUCUUUUGGAUGGAAAUAUGGAACCAGCUCAGUACGAGGACUCCAUGAGGGAAAUGUUCACUAUUCAUGCUUACAUUGGCUUCACCAUGGACAAACUCAUCCAGAGCAUUGUCAGACAGCUCCAUCACCUUGUCAGUGACGAUGUCAGUGUUUGUGUGAUGGAUAUGUACCUGAGUGAAAGCGCCAACAAAGCCACCGGGGGCACACUGACCUCACAGUCGUCCAGGGCCACAGCAGAAGCGGCCUACCAGCGCAAAGCCGAGCAGCUUAUGUCAGAAGAGAACUGCUUUAAGGUAAUGUUUGUUAAGAACUGGGGUCCUGUUAGUCUGACUGUAGAGCUACUGGACACAGAAGAGGAAAACUCUGAUGAGCCAGUGGAGGCAGAGAGGUGGUCAGACUACGUGGGUAGAUACCUGAACUCGGACUCUGCUUCUCCAGAGCUGCGUGACCAUCUGGCCCAGAAGCCAGUGUUCCUCCCCAGGAAUUUGAGAAGGAUCAGACAGUGGCAGAGGGGAUGGGAGCAGCUGCAGCAGGACAGACUCACAAAGGGCCCUUCAGACAAGAUGCAGGACGAAGACGGCAAACUAAAAAUGGAGUGCAUGUUCAAGAUCAACUCCUACAAGAUGGUGUAUGUUUGCAAAUCGGAAGAUUACAUGUAUAGACACACAGCGCUCACACGAGCUCAUCAGUCCCAUCAGUGGGUCAACACCCGCCUGCACAGACGCUUUCAGGCCUGGCUGGACGCUUGGGCCAAAAACCACGUCACAAGCAACAUGGCUGCCGACUGCCACAGGUGGCUGAUGGGAGAUGGUCAAGAAAACCUGAAGUCUUGUACAACCACGUGCAGCCCUGAGGUGCUUCAUUAUCUCAGUAUUAACAAGUACCAGGUGAAGUACUUGGCACUGUAGUCCACAUCUGAUUUUAAACAAAGUAUGACACAGACUGUCGGGUGGUGAUGAAAAAAAUUUUUUAACCUGGAUUCUAUUGUCACGCUGUCAUUGGAGACAGCUGGUGGGUGUUUUCUUCUUCUACUUUUCCCAAAUGUGUCAAAAGUGCUCCAGAAUAAAUGGCUAACUCGAGUCCAGGCUGCAGACAGUCGUGUUGCCGCGGAUGUUAUGUUGGAACGGGCAGGGCAGUUUUGUUCAUACCAAAACGCUACUGAACGCAGGCUGUUCCACGUGAUGAAUAUUCAGAAGAAAAGUUCCAUUUGAGACACAUAUUGUGCUUCCUGUUGCCAAGAUAAGCAGACAUUUAGGAGUAAAGCCUUUUUGGUAGCACGAACACUUUGCAACCUGUGAAAACGUGUGCGACCACGUGGAGCAUGAGCUGACCUCCAGCGGUGAAGUCGUACAGCUUGUGAAUGUUUUGUGCUUUUGAUUGGGACGGUACAACGAGGCACUUAUGGUCAACAUCGCUGGUGCGUGCUGGGUGGAUGUUGGGCACCAGCACGAUGUCAGCAGAAUGUGUGCAGAACUCAAGAGUACGACUGCCCAAGUACACCUUCAGUUUGAGGCCACUGGAAGUAUUACAAUAGAGAAAUUUUUAUCGUUUUUGUUUUAACCAAAGGAUGUUAUGUCGAGUUCUUUUGUCAUUUAUGUUGGAUGUGUUGUUCCUGGAGUUUUUAUUUUACAAGACAAAUGUAUUUUUAUACAUUUCUGGAUUGUGAUGUCUUCCUCUUGUUGUAUUUUUAUGUUCAGUCUUUGGCUUUUAAGGUAACUGAAUGUAGCCGAGCAGCAAUUUGCCCUCUUGAAAGUACACUUAUAUUCCUUAUUUUUCAUGUACAACCUCAAAUCAGAUAAAACUUUAGGACAGUGUGGAAAAUGCAGAAUUAAAAAAGCCUCAGUGAUUCUUACUGUUACUUUAACUUCUAUUUCAUUGUAGGCAGUAGGAAGCAGAGAGAUUUUUUUUUUUUUUUUGUAGUCAACUUGAUUUCACUUCACAUACAUCCAUCCCUGCAUUUAAUGCCUGCAACACCAA